AUGACCAUUCUGGCUAUGCUACCACAGUCGAAGAUCGCUCUUCCAGCCCGACACAGUCGCAGUUCCUCUCGAAGCAAUCAAUCUUCAUCUCCAAGCACCAAACUCGUCGACAUGAAGGUUUUCGUCUGCUUACUAGCGGUUUGCAGCAUGGCCCAAGCGGGAUUCCUGGGCGGCGGAGGAGGCAGUGGUCUUAGCUCCGGCUGGUCCUCCGGCGGCGGCGGAGGAGCAUAUGGUGGUGGCUACGGCGGUGGCCACGGAGGCGGCGGUGGCUACAGUGGCGGCUACAGUGGCGGCCACAGUGGCGGCCACGGUGUCAGCGGAGGCACCGUUAAGAUCAUCAAAGUGAUCACCGAUUCCGGAGCAGGCGGUGGCUACGGCGGUGGAUACAGUGGUGGCCAUGGAGGUGGUUGGGCAGGUGGCUCCUCAGGCGGCUACAGCGGAGGCCACGGCGGUGGCUGGUCUUCGGGGGGCGACUACAGCGGUGGUGGCGGAUAUGGAGGUGGUGGCUACGGAAGCGGCGGCAACGUCAAGAUCAUCAAGGUCAUCUCCGACUCCGGCUCGAGCGGCGGCUAUGGCGGUGGCUACGGCGGUGGCUACGGCGGUGGCUACGGCGGUGGUUACGGCGGUGGCCACUCCUCCGGCGGCUAUUCCUCGGGAGGUGCCUCCAGCUUCUCCUCUGGCGGCUGGGCUCCUCAGGGCGGUUGGGCCAAGAGCAGUUGGUAAACGCGCUCCCCUGGCCAACGGCUACCAUUUUGUUACUGUUUAUUACUGACCUUACUUGUAAAUACUUCCCAGCAUUAACGAAUAAAACAAAGAGGGUGUUUAAG